AUGGCUACCGACCAAGAGGCAGCCACUGCGCUCAAGUUGCAGGGCAACAAGGCCUUUGCUCAGCACGACUGGCCUGUCGCGGUCGACUUUUAUAACCAGGCUAUUGCCAAAUAUGACAAGGACCCGUCCUUCUUCUGCAACCGGGCCCAGGCUCAAAUUAAACUCGAGGCUUUUGGAUUUGCUAUUUCGGACGCCACCAAGGCAAUCGAAUUGGAUCCCAACUAUGUGAAGGCAUACUGGAGACGCGCGCUCGCCAAUACCGCCAUUCUAAGCUACAAGGAGGCCUUGAAGGAUUUCAGGGCUGUGGUCCGACGUGAACCGGGCAACCAGAAUGCCAAAUUGAAGACCGCCGAGUGCGAGAAACUCGUUCGCCGUAUAGAGUUCGAGCGCGCCAUUGAGGUCUCGGACCCACCUUCUGCCUUUGCGGAUUUAGAUAUCGAUGCUAUCAACGUCGAAGACAACUAUGAUGGUGUGCGCCUUGGCCAGGAGAUGACGCAGGAGUUCAUUGAUGAUAUGAUCCAACGCUUUAAGGAUGGAAAGAAUAUCCACCGCAAGUAUGUCUUCCAGAUCAUCAAGGCUGUGAAAGAGCUUGUUUACAACGAGCCUACAAUGGUGGAAAUUGGCGUGGAAGCGGGCAAGAAAUUGACAGUUUGCGGUGAUACACACGGCCAAUACUUCGAUUUGCUUGAGAUCUUCCGACGAAACGGUGCUCCCUCUGAUACUCACGCUUACCUCUUCAACGGUGAUUUCGUUGACCGUGGCUCCUGGUCUUGUGAGAUCGCACUUUUGCUUUAUGCCUACAAGUGGUUGCGCCCCAACGGUCUGUUCCUGAACCGUGGAAACCACGAGACGGAUGAUAUGAAUAAGGUCUACGGGUUCGAGGGUGAAUGUAAGGCCAAGUAUAACGAGCGGGUCUUCAAGGUGUUCUCCGAGUCCUUCUCUGCCCUGCCCUUGGCCACUUUGAUUGGUGACAAGUACCUUGUCCUCCACGGUGGUCUCUUCUCCGACGACAAGAUCAAGUUGGACGAUAUCCGCAAGCUUAACCGCCACAAUCAAAGACAGCCCGGCCAAGCAGGUCUGAUGAUGGAGAUGCUUUGGACCGAUCCACAGACCGAGGAGGGCCGUGGCCCUAGCAAGCGUGGUGUCGGCCUCCAAUUCGGUCCCGAUGUGACCAAGCGCUUCUGUGAAAACAACGGCCUGGAGGCUAUCAUUCGUUCUCACGAGGUGCGGAUGGGCGGUUACGAGGUCGAACACGACGGCCGUUGUAUUACCGUCUUCUCCGCUCCCAGGUACUGCGACUCGACCGAGAACAAGGGUGCCUAUAUCAACAUCGGACCUGAACUUAAACUUGCAUACGAAGUCUUCGAGGCAGUGCCUCACCCUGAUAUCAAACCAAUGGUAAGCCUCGAAACAUCUAUAAUAACCUCGUUCUACCAGCUAACUAUCCCAGGCUUACGCCAACAACUCCAUUCUUUCGGGAAUGUAAUGGCAUAUAUGAUUUUCAAGCGAGGCGUUGCCAAGAGAUCUAGAGUUCUAAAUGUAUUUAUGUGCACGAAUGAUGUAUUCCCCGUAGCUCUGACGUCGCCACCUGUAUACUUCACACCGCUUUUGCCCCGCGCUUCCCCCUCGAUUCUGCCACUUGGACAUCUUUUUGUCCUCGGCCCAAAUAUACUCUUUGCAGAUCAAGAAGCAGCCAUGGAAUUUGAUCCUAAGACCCGUGUCAGCGACGACGAGAAGGCCACUGAAGGCAAGGGCAUCAUUGCCAACCUCGCCAAGUUGAAAUAUGAGCUUCAGCACAACCGCCAACUUACUCCCAUAGACAAUGACGGACACCCAGACAUCGCCUCGUAUAACAAGGAGCUGGAGGAGCGCGGAAACCCCCACUGGCACGAUGUGGCUUGGCUUUACUCAGAGUGUUAUCUUUACCGCCGCAUGGAAGCUCUUUUUGCGCUAUCCAAGCACUGGAAGGGCUAUGAUGUGUUUGCCCGCCAAAAGAUGGAUACAUUCAAGUCAUCCCGUCCCGCCGUCCUAGAGCUCGCUGCGCGAUACCGUGAAUUAGCUCUGGAAGCAGAGUCAGGAAAAGGAAGAGAUAGCAAGUCCCCAGAGGAAAUUGAGCAGGCCGAGAAGCUUCUCUUCUCAGAGAUGUGCGAGAUCUGUCUGUGGGGUAAUGCCACCGAUCUGUCACUUUUGACAUCCCUCACCUACGAGGAUAUUCAAAAGCUCCAAGGCUCUGAGGCACGCAAAGCGUCCCAAAAGAACAUCAUCGUCAACGACCUUGACGCCGCGUUCGAGGCUAUGCAGAAGGCGCGCAAGGAGAAGAAGGAUGGCGAGCGCCGUGUGGACAUUGUUUUAGACAAUUCCGGAUUCGAGCUAUUCGUCGACCUAAUCCUCGGUGGAUACUUGCUGUCCACCGGACUUGCGACUAGUGUCGUACUCCACCCCAAGCGUCUGCCCUGGUUUGUGUCAGAUGUCACACCAAAGGACUUCUCCGAUCUUCUUAACAGCAUGAUCGACCCUCAGACAUUCUACACAGCAGCCGAUGAUUCGGGAAAGACUUUCCCUCCUCUUUCCGAGCAAGAGAUUUCCAAUGUGAAAUUCCUCUUCGAACAGUGGAGCCAGUUCCACCAGGACGGUAAGUUGAUCCUGCGCCCGCAUGCGUUCUGGACUACCCAGGGCGGCUACUGGCGCAUGCCACACGAUGCCCCGGAACUGUUUGAAGACCUGAAGGAGAGCGAGCUUGUCUUGUUCAAGGGCGACUUGAACUAUCGGAAGUUGGUCAACGAUGGGGAAUGGGAUCCCACCACCCCUUUCACAGAAGCCAUCGGCCCGCUAGGCCCCAAAUCUGGUAUCCGUGUUCUAGCCUUCCGCACUUGCAAGGCUGAUACCGUUGUCGGUCUCCCCGCCGGCGAGGACGAGAAGCUUCGCGCACUGCCUGGAGGUGGCGGCUCCGAGUCCCGAAAGUGGGCCUGGAGUGGAAAGUGGGCUGUCGUGUCGCUUUCUGACGGCAAGGCGUGA